AUGGAAUCUCCGACUUUUUCUGCUCUCAAUUCGCAAAACAUUUCUCAAGGUUUUCGCUACAAUUCAACGACUAACCAAGAAGGUUUCAACGAGUUAACGCUGAUUCAAGCCUUAACUAGGAAACCAGUAAACUUGGCAAGCGCCGUGUUUCUGUUUUUACUAACUAUCUUCAGUAUCGUUGGAAAUGCUCUGGUUUGUCGUACUAUUUUCGUGACCAGAAGACUUCACAAUCCUGGUUAUUACUUCGUAGCGAAUCUGGCAGUGGCAGAUUUUCUCGUGGGUAUUUUUCCUCUUCCUUUGACACUUCUUGUGUAUAUCACGUAUCAAAUGAAAGGCAGAUGGAUAUUUGGAAUGGCUUUAUGCGAUGCCAAAAUCCUAGCAACAAUUUGGUUCUGCUCUGCUUCUAUUUUUAGCCUUUGUGGAGUCACGUGGGAUCGUUACGUAGCCGUGACGUCACCCCUUCGAUACACUACUCGCAUGACGAACAGGCGCGCAAAUUGUAUAAUCGUCACAAUCUGGGUGAUGUCAUUUGUCUUCGGGAUUUUCAACUCGUACGGGAUCAAAACCUUUCCAGGGCGUGUUAUCUGUGAAAUUCAUAGAAUUUCGAUUAUUUACAGUGCGUUGGACUUGAUUUUUUUGUGGCUUCUGCCGAUAACGUUUAUCGUCUAUGUCAACGGUAAGAUCUGGAAAGCUGCUUCGAGGCAUACGAGACGCAUUCAAGCACAAAUUCCUGUUGAAUCUCUUAGGCAUAAUCUUAACUUUCAAGAUUUGCCAAAUGAUGUCACCAAUGACGCAGAAACACAAGAAACUCAUCCAUCACAGUCGACUAUCAAUAGCACAAGAUUCAAUGGUAAAAUAACAAGAAGAAACUAUAGCAUCCCCUUCACAUUCCCACGGGACAAAAGAACGAGGAAUUUUGGUCUAAAAAAAGAAAUCAAGACUUUUCGUACCUUUCUUAUUGUGAUUGGUUGUUUUUUCUUCACUUGGACGCCAUUUUUCCUCAUUUUUAUGGUCGAAUUUUUCACCGCGAUUCCAUCAUAUAUUACGUUUAUAAUUGGACUGUCAACGUUUUUAAACAGUGCAUACAAUCCUUUGAUCUAUGGAAUUUUUAACAAGGAUUUUAGACAAGCUCUCUAUGAUAGCUUUAAGAAAAGGUCUCGAGCAAGUAGACGAAUCAAUCAUGGAUGGACGAAAAAUGUGCAGGUCUCCCCCGAAGGUCAAACCGUUCCACCACCCCAACCCCACCCCCUUGAAAUUUGUGCUCACGUGGACCCUAAUACUCUACAUUUCUGA